UAUCGCUGUCUGACGACUCCUCGGUUGGAUCUUCCGCAACAGCACUCAGAUGAUGAUGAUCUCCGCGGGAUGAAGCCGACAUGCUACGUCUGCGUGAAGCGUGACCCUGAGGAUCGAUUACCCUGAAACAAACAAAUUCGUUACACAUCGCCCUGUCACUUUAAAGUGACACUGAAUAAGUUCCGACUCUUCGAGACAACAAAAAGUGUUGAAGCGAAAAAAAUCACCAAUAAAAACAUUCAUUUGUUCUACAUGUUAAAAAUAGUUUCAAGCCAUUAUAAAUGGCAUGUUUUAACAUAGAACUUGGACACUGCUAGCAAAUUUUGAUAUUUGGUAAGUACAAUUUCAUAUUGUUUUAUGUAACGUAACGAAAGAGACAGCAGCAAUAUUUUUACUAAUAACAAUUAAUUAUAAACGUAACUGCCACAUCCAUAUGCCAUUUUGGCUACACUUUUAGAGUAUAUAAACUGGAAUUGUAGGACCAGAAAUCAUUCACAAUUCAUUUGUGCUUUCAAACAACAACAACUCCAGCAAUAAACAUGCUUGCGAAAAUUGUGGUUUUGUCCGCCAUUUUGGGAUGUGCACUGAGUGCUCCCCAUGGUACAUCAUACGCCUCAGUCAACCAACACUUUGAUAAUCAUCAUGAUGGCCAUAAUGAACACCACUACGAUAUCCACGACCAUGAUGAUCAUCAUGCUUAUGAUAAUCAUGUUGAUCAUCACUAUGUAGCUCAUGAAAACGAUUGGGAACAUCAUUACGAAGAACCUAGCGUUGAAGUAGCUCAUUAUGACCAUCACGAUGACCAUCACGAUGACCACCAUGAGGAGCAUCACGAUCAUCAUCCCAAGUAUGAAUUCAAAUAUGGCGUUGAAGAUCACCACACGCAUGACAUGAAGUCCCAGGAAGAGCACCGCGAUGGCGAUGUUGUCAAGGGACACUACAAGCUGGUUCAACCCGACGGCAGGACUCGCAUUGUUCAUUACACCGCUGAUAAGCACAAUGGAUUCAAUGCUGAUGUCACCUAUUCGGGACAUGCCGAUCAUCCGUCUCAUCACGAACAUUACUAGAUCGAUUUAUUUGACUGAGUGAUAUGAAUGGAACUAUGAUAAUGUUGUGAUCAAGAUGGAUAUAGCUAUUUAUUUUUUGUAUAUUGACCUACCUA